AUGUCAAUUUUUUCACCUUCUCAAAAAUUAUCAGACUUACUCAAACAUGAAGGAAGAUCAAAUUCAAUGCAUUCAUUCUAUAAUAAUAGAUCAUCAUGUUACUCUACAUUAAAUUUGAAUAGUUCGUUGCUUAAUGGAUGGGAUUCUUAAAAUCAUCAACCUAUCUCAAUUUUAACAUCUAAUCGUAGUGACAUCAAAUAGAUAAAUGUAUCUGCAUCUAAAUAAGUAUCAAAUAAUUAUACUUAAGGAUAUUACUAAUGAGAUAGUAUCAUCUAAACAUGAUAGGAGAUCAUCUACACAUGUAUUUGUUCAUUCAGGAUUGGAUGCUUAUCAAAAGUAUUAGAGUUAGCCAAGGAGAGAUAUGAAGAUAUAUCCAAAUUUUAAAUAGGAAUUAUUGCAUGAAGUAGUGAAGAUCGAAAAACCAUUUUAUAUUACCUCAGUUGAUGAAGUGGAACGAUAUUGGAAAGCCAAAGAGUUAAUGUUACUCAGAUAGAAAAGUCAAUUGGAAUUUGAAAUAAAGUUUCAAGCAUAACAAGCUAAUAAAAAACCAGUGAUUCUCAAAGUAGAACCUUUACAGGAAAUAGCAGAUAUGGAGGUUGAAAUAUAAUAAUUAGAAAUAUUAUUAAAGUAUGAGUCCCUAUUAAGAAUAGGAACAAAAAUAAAAAGGUUAAUGAAUUGAAAUGGGAAAGUGAAGAAUUAGAUGUUAAAUAUGAAAACAUGAUAGAUUAAGAUAAUGAUACACAAUUUCUCAAAUAUGAAAAGUAGCUAAAGAAUAUUUAAUAAUCAUUUAAGGAUUUAAAUAGAAGGUUUCAUGAAACUGAAGAACAAAUUACAAUGAAAGAAAAUGAAAUUGAAUCUAGAAAGAAAUAAAUCCAAAGAAAAUCUUCAAUUAUUUUACCAUCUAAUCUCAGAAACUCAAUGACUGACUCUAAAUUCAAAUAGAGAUCCUCUUUUAAGAGAUAAAGCAUAAACUCUGGAACAAUGAGUCCUACUCGAGUGACCUUCUCAUAAAAAAGUUAACCCUCAGAAGAGUGUAUUAAAUUCAAACAUUGA